AUGUAUGGCUUUCUUACGUUAGCACCUUUACAGAUGGCCCCAGGAAGUUGGCGGCGACGCAGUUCCAGGCGACGCACGCGCGCAAAGCCUUCCCUGCUUCGCGAAGCCCAGCUUCAAGGCGCGCUUCCAGAUCUCCGUCACUGCCCGCCCGGCUACCUCGCCCUCAGGCAACAUGCCCGAGAAGGACAGGCAGACACUGUGGCGCGUUCGGACUUCUCUGCGGGCGCAGGAGAACUGGGGGCUCAUCACGUACCGGCGAAACAGCUCUGCUCCACGAUUCCGAGCAAUGGGCCGGCGACGUCUCGCCGAAGCGUAAGCUUGUCACCAAUAGGCCCACGAGCUGCUGCACAUGUGGUUCGGCAACCUCGUCACCACGCACUGGUGGGGCGCCACGUGGCUCACGAGGGCUUCGCAGCGCUACUUCACAGUACUAGUCGACCGAGCAAGGUGGAGACGGAGGACUGGCGCAUGUGGGACCCAGUUCGUGGUGGACAGCACCCGAUGGUGUUCGCCCUCGAUCGGUGCCAGACGGCCAACGCGCUCACCCAAUCAAGUCAGCACUCCGCGGAAGCCAGUGCGAGUUUCGGCACCGUUACGUACAGCAAAGGUACAGUCACUUCUGCGGACUCCCAAAGUGUCAGUUCACGUACUGGAGCAUCAGCAGCUUCAACCAAACCUUACGAAAACAAAAGAAGGUUUCUAUUUAAAGGAACCUCAACGGAGCAGUACAUCGUACCUUUAACAUGGGCCGCACAAGGGGAUUCUUUCGAGUUUUCAACUCCCACUGUAUAUUUGGAGAAAAGUUCACCUCUUGUUGGAAUCAACAUGCCGCCAGAAGACAAGUGGGUGAUAUUUAACGUACAGGAAACAGGCUAUUACAGAGUAAAUUACGACGAGAAGAACUGGAAUCUGAUUUCAAAAUACCUGAACGAUCACGCCAAUCCCAUCGACGACAUCCACUACUUGAACCGCGCUCAACUUCUGGAUGACUCUUUCAAUUUGGCGCGAGCAGGUUAUUUGAAGUACAAAACUACUUUGGGCUUGGCAGAUUACCUCAGUCGUGAAACGGACUACAUACCCUGGGCCGCGGCAUACUCGGCUUUCUCUUAUCUGAACCGCAUGCUGGUGAAUCACCCGAAGUACCCAGUGUUUCAGCGAUACAUAUCACAACUCCUCGACAAGGCAUAUCAACAAAUAGAAAUUACAUUUUUAUCAAAUUCCGCACCAGAAAGUCACGACGAAAAAUUAUUAAUGAACAGGAUCACAUCUUUAGCGUGUAUAGCAGAACUUGAGUCGUGCGUAGGCCAUGUGCAUAGGAGAUUGCUAUUUUAUAUCUCUUCUUCUGAAAGCGUUCACCAAGAUCAAAGAAGUGUAGUAUACUGCUAUGGUAUUCGUCAUUCUCCAGAUUUUUUCUGGACUUCUUUGUGGCAAAUGUACCAGUCUUCUACUGACGACGUGGAGCGAGGACUUAUCAUUGCAGAGUUUGUGACGAAAUUCAAAGACGAGCUCGGCUCGACUGGAUAUGCUGCGCUUGCUGUAGUUGAUGACAAUUUACAGUGGCUGUCGACUCACGCAGAAGAAAUUUUUAGAAUUUUGGAAGACAAGGAGCUGCAGAUGUAUCGUCUACCUCAAUCAGUUAUACCGAAUCAUUAUACAAUUUUUAUUGAUGCAGCCUUAGAGCAUGUAUCCUUUACAGGAGAUAUAUCAAUUUUAGUAACUGCAAUGGAAGCAACAGAGGUUAUUCUUUUACAUGCUGAAGGUGUCAGUGGACAAAAUAUAGUUGUAAAAGCUGUAGAUGACGACAAUAAUUUAUAUGAAUCAGAUUCGUUCGAUGUCACACACCAGCUUAUGAAAAUACAUCUUACCCGUCCACUUAUAAAGGGAAAAGUCUACGAAAUUUCCAUGUUCUUUGCCGGGCCUUUGAGGCGUGAUAUGUACGGUUUCUAUCUCAGCAGUUACACAAACGAGAAGGGAGAACAAAUACAAUUAGCAGCAACGCAAUUUCAGCCUACGUACGCACGCAGGGCUUUCCCUUGCUUCGAUGAGCCCAACUUCAAAGCUACGUUCUCUCUCAACGUCAGAGCUCCUGAAUACUACCAUGUUUUAUCAAACAUGCCAUCGAUUGAAACCGUGGCGGUGCCCGACUUCUCUGCGGGCGCCAUGGAGAACUGGGGGCUGAUCACCUACCGCGAAUCAAUGUUGCUGUUCAACGACGGCACGGCGUCUGCGCGCAAAGGCAUCGCCACCGUCAUCACACACGAGCUCACGCACAUGUGGUUCGGCAACCUCGUCACCACGCACUGGUGGGACGCCACGUGGCUCAACGAGGGCUUCGCGCAGUACUUCCAGUUCUACGCCACCAGCCUCGUCAAGCCGGCCUGGAGGCUCAUGGAGCAGUUUGUGGUGGACCACCACCAGGCGGUGAUGGGCGCGGAUGCGCUGCCCACGUCGGCCGCGCUCACCUCCCCCGCCUACACGCCGGCCCAAGUGAGCGCGCGCUUCGGCUCCAUCACCUACAGCAAAGGUGCUUCUGUCAUACGGAUGAUUAGUGCCAUCAUGGGUGAAAACAAAUUCCUAGAGGCGUUGCAUGAAUAUCUUGAUGAAAACCGCUAUUCCACGACGAUUCCCGACGAUCUAUUCAAGCACCUCGUAGAAAAGUUCAGCGAUUCAAAUCUGGAUAAAAUCGCUUUCGAAAACCUCCUAGAAACUUGGACAAAACAACCUGGAUACCCUGUUCUCAAAAUUGUGAGAAACUAUGAGGAUGGCUCUGCAGCCGUAACUCAGGCACGCUUCCUCCUAAAGAGUCAAACGACUCCAGACCCCACACUCUACUACGUCCCGCUCACGUGGGUGGGGCCGGGAGGAGACUUCUCGGCCACAGCGCCCAAGGCCUACCUGGCCCAGGAACAGACUCGGACAGUCACCGGCUUGCCAGGGCCACAGCAAUGGGUCAUUUUCAACGUGCAGGAAACGGGAACGUUCAUCCGAAAGCAGGACGCAGCCAGCGUCUUCUCCUCCGUCUACGGCAACUCCGUCGGCGUCGAGGUGGCGCUCAACUUCCUGGACGAGCACUUCGACCAAGUGGAAGAAUACUAUGGUUCCAUGGGUGCUAUUAACAACAUUGUCGUUGGAAUAGCUGGUCGUCUUACCACGCAGGAACAAAGAGAUAAAGUAUGUAAUAAAUACCAUACAAAAAGAAAAGUUAUUUUCUAUUAUGUAAACCACUUUUUAUACUUGUGA